GAGAUUAAUAGGGGAGGCGGGCUGCAAUAAUAAUCGUUUUGUUUGAUGUGACAACUCUGAUAGGCGUUGAUUUACUUACAAACUGAUAGGCUUUUAAUUGAGCGCCUCCGCCGAGCCAGAGAUGAAAGGGAAGCAGCGGUGAAAGGCGGCCCGCCUGCCCUCCGGCCUCAAUACUGAUUAGCCAUCUCGACAGUGAAUAGUUCAAGGCAUUUUCAAACUUUUUUCCUCGGCCCUCUUCCCUUCCGCCUUCUCUCUUCCACCUCCUCAAAUAUCUACAUGCCUACACCUUUUUUUUUUUCAGAGAAAACAAAUCAUGUCCUUUGUGUGCAAAUAAAAUCCGCAGGACAUCCAUGCCUACCACCUCAGAGGGUUGGAGGAAUUAGGCCUAGCCUGGAGUAAUUAAUAACCACACACACACACCUACAUAACUUGCGCGGCCUUCAGGGAUUUGGCCUCCCUUAAGAGGUGCGAGGGAUCGGAUGAUGGUGUUUCCCCAAAGCCAAUGGAACGCAGACCCCCUAAGCGCCCCCGUGCGCUCCGACCUGCAGAGCUGAGUUUUGAGCCAGGUAAACGCAGGCGGCCAACGGCUGGAGCUCUUGGAACACGGCGCAUACCCAUGAGCGCGUGUAAUCAUGCUGGAACAAGAGCCGUUCCAGCUUUCCACCCGACUCGAAGCGCUGGGGCGGCCUCCCCUGAAUUGUCCAGUGCACUGAGAAAACUACCAGAAUUGGAGGAAAGGGCUCACACUGAGGACGCCCCCGGCCUACACUCCAGCUACCCUUGCUUCAGUCCGCAGCGCCAGUUUUCGAUGUCCAGGCCUAAGCCAAGAGAGGCCAAAAUGGCAGACAGUCCAAGGACGAGCUUGCUAUGCUGGGACCACAGUAGUUGGCCAUAGGUGACACCUUCACAGCCACGCAAUCGGUGGCACAGUUGGGCACUAACACCCGCAGGCUACAAACGGCUUCAGACACAUUGCCUGGCAGAGAGUUUGGAGCUGCCACCCUAGUAAACUGUACUCGGGGACUCUUUAUCUCCAGGAAUUAAUCAGGCAGCCGUCACAAUCCUGCGUGUGAUCUUACCACGGUCUCAGACUUACCUUCCUCAAUUGUCGCAGGGUUACCACAAACCUUCCUGAGUGCAGGUGUUAGUAACACACACACACACACACACACACACACACACAAAACCAGCCCCAAGCACAAACCACCUCUUCUCUCCAAAUUAGCAUUAAUCGAGUUACCAGCUCAUUAACUUUGCCAACCUAACGAAUCAAGGAAUAAAAUCAAAACGGAGUAGAAGAAUACCUACGAGAAAAUUCUAAAACUCAUCCCCAUUCCAGAAAGUUCUCAUUACCCGCAUGGAGUGAGAGACAAAAAAAAAAAAAAAUACAGAAAGAAAAAAGAGACUGGGGUGGUGGGAGAGGAAUGGGCUACCAAGCCAAAGGGAAGGGAAGUCCCCAACCAGACCCCUGCAAGUACCCGGUUCAGAUCAGAGACAGCGAUAGUGGGAAACCGGUCUCCAAGCUCGGCCCCCGCCCCUGUGCCGGGGCGCAGAUCCGCUCCCCGCUCCCAGCGCUCCUAGCCCCACCAUUUAUCAAAAGGACUUGACAACAAAAGAAGAGCUCUUCGGAAAAGUGGGGUGGGAGGAGGGGAAAUUCAAAGUCUCUCAAGUCCGAGGAAGGGGGUGUGUCCUCCGCUCACCCCCUUCUACUUCAGCGAGUUUCUGGAGGUGACCCUCGAAAUGGCUCCGGACGUCACGGAAGUUCAGAGUAUUCGCCCAGCGGCACUGGAGUGCGUACACUCUGUGCACCUAGAUCCAGGUACAAGGCGGCACGCACAGCGCCUCCCUCUUCUUUCCAAACAACCGGAGCGACGGCACAAAUAGAGGGGAACGCAGCAGUCCCGCUGCGCUUCCCUGGAAGAACCGGUUCUCACAGGCAGCCGCCCCUCCCUCUCGCUCUCCCGGCUCAGGUCAGUCCUGUCUGGACGAUCCACUUUAUUUGGUCGGGCCACUCCGGGUAAUUCCAGGCCUGGCUUCCAGAACUGUCGGGAUGGCGCGUGGAGGGUAGUGGAGAAGGACCAGGGAGAGGAAAGAGCGAGCCUGAGACCUGUUUGCCUAUGCACAUGGCCAGGCCUCUUCUCUGGAGUUUUUCAUCCCUCGUUACGAACCCGGGUCACAGAAUUAAGGAGGGUUACCCCGCCAGUAACUUCCAGGACUCGGGCUACUUUGGUGGCGUGGCUCUUUGGAAAGAAGUUCCUGAGUUGGGAGUAGGGACACUACUGAGGGCGGCAGCCGGACAUCCUCAAGUUACACGCCUGGGAGGGAUUAUCCCAGAGAGGCAAAAAUCCUCCCGUGUUAGGCGUCUUCUCCGCCGCUGUUCUUAGAUACCAAGCAGUCCCCGAACUCUGCUACCCAAAGCAGAUUUGGGGUGCUUUGAUUUACCAAAGCACCCCAAGGUGUCUGUCUCUCCAACACGGGGAGGGAAGGCGCACACUCCAGGCCGGUGCGUCCUGGGUGCACCUGCGCACUUAACUCUCACUAUUUCAUUUUCCUGACGGUGGGCGCCUCUUCCCCCUACACAGACACACAGACACACAGACACACACACACACACACACACACACACACCCCAGGAGGCUGCUCCUCUAUCACCCUCCUUUAGUUCCUUCUCGGUCUCUUCCUUCCUCUGCCUCACUCUCAGUCUCUCUUUUUCUCUUCAAGUCUCACCCGCCUUGUAAUCAGCAACAAAAGCUGACAUAAAUCACGGGCAGAUUGACAAGAGCUGACAAAUAACUGAUUGAUUGCGGUCGAGGCACAUUGACAAUUGAUGGAGGGGUGGGGAUGCCCAGAGAAACGGGGGGGUGGGGUGGGGGGAAGAGAGGGUAGCAAAGGAGAGCAAGAAUGGGGGGGGGGGCUGAGUGUGAAACAGGGGAAACAUGUGACCCCCGCUUCUGCCCCAAUCUGCGCGUCCUCGGGUGUCACGUGAUCAAGAAAGGCGGAGAGCCCAGCGCACGUCGCCUGGACGAGCAGCCACCCCCUCCGUUGCCCUUCUAGCUUCUGGUUUCUCUGCUGCGGAACUUCAGGAAAUCCAAGCGGACGGGCACACUUCCUCCGGCAUUGGCUUUCCUUUCCCGGGUGGCCGCGCCACGCGAGAUCUCAAUUACUGAAAUUGAAAAAAAAUUGGUGUGCGGAUACCCACGCAUCCCUGGAGUCGACCGUUCAGUUGGUAUCCACACUUCCGCCUGUGCUUCUUCUCAACACCCGCCCGAAGUCUGUUGAACAUACGCAGCCCCUUCCUCCAAAGGUUUCAGUUUGUUUUCCAGCUGGGAAAACGAAGAACGACGAGGACGAAAAAGAAGAAAGGCGGUAGAUGGCAAACGUAGAAUAAAUGUCCAUCUCGUCCGGGUAGCGAAAUCGAGGGAGGGGACAAGCCGAGGGGCGGCGAAGUGGGAGCUGCCCAUUAAAACCAGCACUGAGAAUCCUGGCGGCGGCGGCGACGGCGGCGCGGGACGCGUCACAUCCCCUUGACCCUCCAAUCACCUCAGGCUCCCAUUUGAUUGGAAGGCGGCAAAGGCUUUAAUCUCCCCCUUGUUGCAGCUGCUUUUGAAGUGAGUUUCCUCGCCAGAGCCCCGACUGGACAGGCAGCAGCUCACAUUGCGGAGCGCAGCGCCGGCUCGGGGACGGGAGAGCGUAGCGCAGGGCACAGCCCUAGGCAGACACCGCGCACUGCGGGGCACUCCCGCACUCCACCCGGCUCCUCCUGCCCCGCUACAGCUCCCUUGCGGGCCACUCAGGAUUAUUCUCUUCUGGCUCCAGGCUCCGAGAAGGCACGCGGGGCACCCGCGUCCGCCGAGCCAGCUCCUCAUCCAGCCGCUCCCGCACCCCGGGCGAGCGCGCAACCCCGAGCCCGCCCCGUGCGUCCCGGAGCCCUCCCCCCGCUGCUCCCAUGCGCGCGGGUGGGUCAUGAGCACAGCGCCCUCGCUUUCUGCCCUAAGAAGCAGUAAGCACAGCGGCGGAGGAGGCAGUAGUGGCAGUGCGGACCCUGCCUGGACCAGCGCGCUCUCUGGAAAUUGCUCCGGCCACGGCUCAGGCUCGUCCCCGGCCGGCAGCACCAAGCCUUUUGUGCACGCCGUGCCCCCUUCUGAUCCCCUGCGACAGGCUAACCGCCUGCCCAUCAAGGUGCUGAAGAUGCUGACGGCACGGACUGGCCACAUUUUGCACCCAGAGUAUCUGCAACCCCUGCCUUCCACACCCGUCAGCCCCAUCGAGCUGGACGCCAAGAAGAGCCCACUGGCGCUGCUGGCACAAACAUGUUCGCAGAUAGGAAAGCCCGACCCCUCGCCCUCUUCCAAACUCUCUUCGGUCGCCUCCAAUGGGGGCGGCACGGGUGGUGCAGGCGGCGGAACUGGGGGCGACAAGGACGCCAAGUCGGGCCCCCUGAAACUGAGCGACAUCGGCGUGGAAGACAAGUCGAGUUUCAAGCCUUACUCCAAGCCUGGCUCCGAUAAGAAGGAGCCUGGAGGCGGCGGCGGAGGUGGCGGUGGCGGCGGCGGCGGGGGUGUUUCUGCGGAGAAGUCGGGAUUCCGGGUACCGAGCGCCACCUGCCAGCCGUUUACGCCCAGGACAGGCAGUCCCAGCUCCAGCACCUCGGCCUGUUCGCCGGGAGGCAUGCUGCCCUCCGCCGGGGGCGGCCCAGAGGGCAAGGACGACAAGAAAGAUCCCGAAGCUGGCGGCGGUGGCAGCAGCAAGGGCGCCGGGGGCUCCUCGGCGGACGGGGUACCUGCGGGACUGGCACACGGGCGGAUUAGCUGCGGCGGCGGAAUUAACGUGGAUGUGAACCAGCACUCGGACGGGGGUCCAGGGGGCAAGGCUCUAGGCUCGGACUGCGGCGGCUCUUCCGGCUCCACCUCGGGUUCUGGCCCCAGCGCGCCCACCUCGUCGUCGGUGUUGGGCUCCGGGUUGGUAGCUCCCGUGUCUCCCUACAAACCGGGCCAGACAGUGUUCCCUCUACCCCCCGCGGGCAUGACCUACCCGGGCAGCCUGGCUGGGGCCUAUGCUGGCUACCCGCCCCAGUUCCUGCCCCACGGCGUGGCACUUGACCCCACCAAGCCUGGCAGCCUGGUAGGGGCUCAGCUGGCGGCGGCUGCGGCCGGCUCUCUUGGCUGCAGUAAGCCAGCCGGUUCCAGUCCCCUGGCCGGGGCGUCGCCGCCGUCCGUGAUGACAGCCAGUUUGUGCCGGGACCCAUACUGCCUCAGCUACCACUGCGCCAGCCACCUGGCCGGAGCUGCGGCCGCCAGCGCCUCAUGCGCGCACGAUCCGGCCGCUGCAGCCGCGGCGCUCAAAUCGGGAUACCCGCUGGUGUACCCCACGCACCCACUGCACGGUGUGCACUCCUCGCUGACCGCUGCUGCAGCUGCGGGCGCCACGCCACCCUCCCUGGCCGGCCACCCCCUCUACCCCUAUGGUUUCAUGCUCCCUAACGACCCGCUCCCCCACAUCUGCAACUGGGUGUCAGCUAAUGGGCCGUGCGACAAGCGCUUCGCCACGUCGGAAGAGCUGCUGAGCCACUUGCGGACCCAUACGGCCUUUCCUGGGACAGACAAACUGCUGUCUGGCUACCCCAGUUCUUCGUCUCUCGCCAGCGCCGCCGCAGCAGCCAUGGCUUGUCACAUGCAUAUCCCCACAUCGGGCGCACCAGGCAGCCCGGGGACCCUGGCGCUGCGCAGCCCCCACCAUGCACUGGGACUCAGCAGCCGCUACCACCCGUAUUCCAAGAGCCCGCUCCCCACGCCUGGUGCCCCAGUGCCGGUACCCGCUGCCACCGGACCCUACUACUCCCCCUACGCCCUCUACGGACAGAGACUGACCACUGCCUCCGCACUGGGGUAUCAGUGAGGGUGACCCUGGGGAAUCUGGAGGGAGAAAAAGGAGCUGGGGUGAGGGGAGGAGUCGAGGGAGGGGCAGGAGCCGGACGAGGUUCCUGACUCAGGCUGGAGCGGAAGACCCGGGCUAUGGAAGCGAAAAGAAAGCCUAAAUCUUACCUAUCCACCAACAACAGCCAGCGAAUGAGCCUGGAUGGGAAACCCUUCUCCUCCGCCCCUAGCUCCUCCACCCAAACUUUAUAAAAGUUGAAAAAAAUCGUUUGACUUUUUAUAGAAAAAGAAGGAAAAAUAAUUGAGAAAGUGUUCAUCUGAAGAUUUCGCCGGUGAACGUUGGUAUUUAUUUAUGUUAGCUCCAAGCGGACCCAUGGUUCAAAAGUGCAUUAUUUAGUUUGAGCUCCGUAGGUUAAAAGGAGGAGGGGGAAAAAAUUAAAACUCGAGGGUAAAUAUGUGGAAAACAAACCCUCCCAUCCCUUGUAGAGUAUAAAUAAAAACAAAACCGCUA